UCAAUGCAUCUACUUGAGGAAAAAAAAUGCUUCUCCAAAAAAGUACUUUCUCAAGCGACGGAGAGUGUAAACUCUAAACUGAACUCCAAUGAAGUUUCACUGCCGCUCUCACCGUUUUAUGAAACCUUUUCCUAGCCUUACACCAAGGCAAAGAACAAAUCGUCCUUCUUCUUCUUCUAAUUGGAGAACUCAAAUCAAACAAACCCAGCUGGUUUCCCAAGUCUCAUCCAUUCUCUUACAAAGACAUAACUGGCCACCCCUUCUUCAAACUCUCAACCUCUCCUCCAAACUAACCCCAUCUCUCUUCCUCCAAAUUCUCCGCAAAACCCAACAUCAACCCCAUCUCUCUCUCUCUUUCUUCAACUGGGUCCAAACCCAUCUGGGUUUUAAACCUGACCUCCUCUCCCACUGCCAUAUUAUCCGAAUUUCACUCGGCUCGGAUGUUUCCCCAUCCCUAGACCCCCUUUUACACUCCCUGAUUCAGUCGCAUCCUCCACCACUAGUUGCAGAUUCUAUGGUUCAAGCUUGCAAAGGUACAAAUUUUGAUUCCACUGCUUUAAGUUCGUUGAUCAAAUGUUAUUCGAAAAAGGGUCUUUUUAUGGAAGGAUUUGAGGUGUUUAGGAAAAUCAGAAGCUAUGGUUUUACUCCUUCAAUAAGUGCUUAUAAUGAGCUGCUUGAUGCUUUACAGAGAGGAAAUGAGGUGAAACUAGCUUGGUGUUUUUUAGGUGCAAUGAUUCGAGAUGUCGACCCUGAUUCAUUUUCUUGGUCAUUGGUUGCUCAAAUUCUUUGCAAAAAUGGGAAUUUUGACAAAGUUGUUAAAUUUCUGGAGAAGGGCAUUUAUAAUACUAAAAUUUAUGAUCUUCUUGUUGAUUUUUAUAGCAAAAAUGGGGAUUUUGAAGCUGCAUUUCAUCGAUUAAAUGAGAUGAAUAAUAGAAAGCUUGAUGCUAGUUUUUGUACAUAUAGCUCAGUACUUGAUGGGGCUUGUAAAUAUAAUGAUAGUGAAGUGAUGGAGAGGAUAAUGAGGAUAAUGAUAGAGAAGCAAUUCCUUCCAAGAUGCCAAUUUUUCGGAAAUGAUUCGAUCAUCCAAAAGCUUUGUGAUUUGAGGAAGACACAUGCAGCUGAAAUGAUGUUUAAGAAGGCUUGUGGUAAGAACAUUAGAUUACAAGAUGAUACUUAUGGAUCUUUGUUAAAGGCAAUGUCUCAGGUCGGAAGAAUAGAUGAAGCUAUAAACAUGUAUCGAACGAUGUUGAAAAGGGGAAUUAAGGUAAAAGACAGUUGCUAUUGUGCAUUUGCAAAUGUUCUUUGUAAGGAAGAUCAAUCUGGUGAUGGAUAUGGAUUGUUGGUGAAUAUUAUGAAACAAGGACAUCAUCCUUGUCCUUCCCAAUUGUCCAAAUACAUAGCAUCACUGUGUAGAAGGAAGAAAUGGAAAAAAGCUGAAGAACUCUUGAAUCUAAUGCUAAAGAAAGGGUUAUUGCCUGAUUCAGUUCCUUGUUGUUUGCUGAUGGAGUACUAUUGCUUUAAUAAGGAGAUGGACAAAGUUGUUGCAUUGCAUUAUGAGAUGGUGAAAGUGGAGGGAAGUUUAGAUGUAACGACAUACAACACGAUUCUUGAAGGGCUGUGGAGGGAAAAGAAAGCAGAAGAAGCAGUCGGGGUGUUUGAUUAUAUGACGGGGUUGAACUUGGUUAAUAGUGCAAGUUUUACGAUCAUGAUCUGUGAGCUCUGCCACAUGAAGGAAAUGAGAAAAGCUAUGAAAAUUCAUGAUGAAAUGUUGAAGAUGGGGUUUAAACCUGACAAGGGUACAUACAAGCGAUUGAUUUCUGGAUUUAAGUAAUAGAUAUAGGUAGUGCAUAUAUCACAUUCACAUGGCCAUUUGAUUAUUAGGUUAUGUAGAGCAUUCAAGUUUGGGUCUCGAAACCUUACUCCUUCAUUUAGAUAUAUAUAUUUUAUGAUUAAAGUA